CCACCGUUCCGGUUUCGCGGAGCGCCCAGUGCCGAGCUCAGGCCCACCUCGCCUGCUUGCGACACACGACCACUUGGCCGAGUGCGACCGAAGCCAGCGCCCGGCGUUGCACAAUCGAAAGUACACGGGCUCGAUAGGCUCUUGUGGAACGGGUAGUUGAGCACGACGUCGAGUCGAGUUCGGCAACAGAACAGCCGCUGCUGCUGUUUCCUCUGCCUCGCAUGACGUCGUCAGUCGCGACACCUGCUGAUCCGGCCCGCCCGCCGACAGACAACGGGGACCACGCCCCCCUGCCAAGCAGCUCAACGAGAAAAUCGACCGAAGAAGCGACGCCCGGCUCCCAAAACGGACCGGCCGGACACCAAGAGCGGCAGCAGCAAUUUCAAGAUGGGCUAGAUGAGCAGUCACCGCUGUUGUCUCCGAGCACCAGCUCGGGGGAGGAUGAUGCCCUGGUGGGCGACCAGCCCGCUGCCGGGGGCGGGGGAGACGACGAGCACCAGAAGACCAAGAGCAUCUGGUACCUCAUCCUCCUGACCAUAAGCAUCGGGGGCCUGCAGAUCGCCUGGUCCGUCGAGAUGUCCAACGGCUCGCCGUAUCUGCUGUCGCUGGGCCUCAGCAAAUCGCUGAUGGCCCUGGUCUGGAUUGCCGGGCCGCUGUCGGGCACCCUGGUGCAGCCGUACGUCGGCAUGCUGAGCGACAACUGCCGCAUCCGCUGGGGCAAGCGCAAGCCGUUCAUGCUCGGCGGCGCCGCUGCUACCAUUGUCUCCCUCAUGUUCCUCGCUUGGACGAAGGAGAUCGUUGGCGGCUUCCUCGGCUUGUUCGGGGCUGCCCCGGACUCGGAUUUUGUGAAGGUCUCAGUCAUCGUCACUGCCGUCCUCUUUGUCUAUGUCCUCGACUUCGCUAUCAACACGGUGCAGGCGGCGAUUCGUGCCUUCAUCGUCGAUUGCGCACCCACGCAUCAACAAGAGAGUGCAAAUUCCAUGGCUAGUCGCUUCGUCGGCCUGGGGAACAUCGCCGGCUAUCUGGCCGGCUAUCUGAACCUACCUUCAUAUCUCUGGUUCUUCGGCGAUACGCAGUUCAAAGACCUCUGCGUCAUCGCCAGCAUUGCUCUCGGCGGCACGAUUCUCCUGACCUGCCUCCUGAUUCGCGAGAGGGACCCCCGACUGGAUGGUCCGCCAGCCAAGGACAAGCCCGGCAUCUUGGCCUUCUUCCGGAAAAUCUUCACCUCGAUCCAGCGGCUCCCGCCCCAGACCAAGAAGGUCUGCCAGGUCCAGUUCUGCGCUUGGAUCGGCUUCUUCCCCAUGCUUUUCUACACGUCGGCCUACAUCGGAGAGAUCUACGCCGAGCCGUACCUCGAGCAGAACCCCAAUAUGACGCCGGAAGAGCUUGACCGGCUCUACGAGAAUGCCACCCGAGAAGGGACUUUUGCCUUGCUCAUCUUCGCCAUCAUAAGCCUGGCCACCAACGUAUUCCUUCCGUUCUUCAUCGAGCCGACCUACGAGACCCAGCCUAACGUCACGGCCGACGCGCCCGGAGAAGCACCCGCCUUGCUCAAGGACUACGGCGACGAGAAGAAGUCCUGGCUGGAUUACCUGAUCAUCCCGGGCUUCACUCUUCGCCGCGCCUGGAUGUUCUCGCAGAUACUCUUCACGUGCAGCAUGCUCUGCACCGUGUUCGUGCGCUCCGUCACUGCUGCCACGGUGCUGAUCGGCCUGGUGGGCAUCACGUGGGCGCUGACGCUCUGGGCGCCUUGGGCCAUCAUUAGCGCCGAGAUCUCGCACCGCGACGAGCUUCGCCGCGCCCGGUACGCCGAGCGCAACCUCUCCCCCAGCGGCCGCGGUGCCGUCACGUCGCUGGACGGCUACUCGUCCGAUGAGAACCGCGACAGGGACCUCAACGACGACAAGGAGGAGGAAGCAGCCGACCAGGCCGGCGUCAUCCUGGGCAUCCACAACAUGGCCAUCGCCGCGCCGCAGAUCAUCGCCACCGUCGUCAGCAGCAUCAUCUUCCGCGUCUUCCAGAAGCCGCGCGGCGUGCCGGGCGACCACAGCAUCGCCAUCGUGCUGGCCCUCGGCGGCAUCACCGUGCUCAUCUCGGCCUUCUUCAUCCACCGCAUCCGCGACGACCCCGGCCUGCCGGUGGACGUCAUGUGCGCCGUCGAGGACGGCGAGCCGAGCAGCAGCCGGCCCAGCACCGCGCACAGCCGGUCGCGGUCGCAUGAGCAGUUGCCGCGCGCGAGUCUGGAGAGGGCGGCCCUGGUGAGGAAUAAGAGUUUUGGGGGCAUGGAGUAUUGAGGAUGGGGGAAGAGGGAGCGAGAAGAUGUGGUUUUUUGUCGCUUUUGUUCUCCAACAUAUUUAGGUAGUCUGCUUGCCUGCUUGAGGAGUUGAGUGCGCAGGUGGCUGCGGCUGGUAUACUUGGCGUCAAUCUUGGAAAGAGGGGGGCCCGGGGGGAGGUGAGGCUUUGGAUUUGGCCCGGGCGUUGGAUGGCGCGGCAUACGGAAUCUCCUUACCGGGCUCGGGUGCAUUGCUUGAGGAGU